CGCGACGCAAAGGGGGCGGGGCCAUAGCGGUGCCGGGCGCGCGGCGGCGGCGGGCGCAGGUGCUGAGCCACGAUGGGUUUGGCUGAGGACAAAGUGUACUUCCACAUUACGAGAAACCUCAAGAAGUUCAGUGCUAUCCGAGUGGCGUCGCUGGUCGAUUCCCUGACCUGCCUGGUCGAUUCUGACAGAGAUGAACUCCUGGCCCGGGAGGAGACACGGGGCAACCAGAAAGCUGUGUUUAAGUUCUAUCAGCACCUGAAGUGCCGCAGGGGCUGGGUGCAGGAUCUCAUCCAGGCACUGCACCACAACAACGCAGGGCACUUGGCUGAUGAGCUGCAGGAAAUCUAUGAUGCCUGGCAACCUCGACCUCGUUCCUCAGCUCCUGCUGCUGCCCCCUCCCUUCCCAGUGAUGCCCAUCCCAGGCCCUCCUCCAUCAGUGCCCAGACACCACCCCGGGGGCCAAAUUCUGCCCCGCUGGCUGGGCAGCCACGCCGAGACCUGGCCACGGGUGACCAUCCCCCUGUCCUGCCCAGUGCUGGAACCACCACGAGCACAGAGCUGGAGGCCAGGCUGCCUGUGCAGGAAUCGCUCCCCAAAAAACUCCCGGAGCAAGAGAGUCCCCGGCCGGUUCCACCUGGGAGCGAAGUCCAUGGCGGAGCGAGCGGCGGGCACAGCGCAGAGGGGAAUCUCUCACACCCCACCGGGGCCAUGCCAGUGUCACCAGGGACACCAGGGGUGGCUGUGCCACCAGCUGUGUCCCCAGAGCAGGGCCGGGACUGGCUGAGCCGCCGGCCGGUGUGUGUGGACAAUGGGUUUUUUGGGAAUGCCAACCACCUGCACCGCGGCACGCCCGGCCUGGGCCUGGGCAGGGCUGCUCCAUCCAGGGAUGCCGGUGCCACUCACAGCCCUGGGCAGCCCAGGAACGAGCCCGAAGAGAGCUCAGAUAUCUUCACAGAGCCACCACCGAGCCUGGAGGGAGCCACUCGUGCUGUGCCCCCAAACCCAGUGCCAACAAAGCAGCCUGUGCCAAGCUCUGGGCAGGGUGAGCCCACAGGAAGCUUCGUGGAUGUGCGCAGCCCCCUCCUCAUCCAGGAGCAGUUUGAUGUGGAGAAGAAGCGGGUGGGGAUGCUGCCACAGCACCCAGGGAGUGGAGGUGCUUCAGUGGAAACAGCUCCCCUGGGUGCCACCCCUGUGCCCAGAGCCACUGUCCCAUCCCGUGACAGCUCUGUGAAGUCCCUUACGCAAGAGAAGAAGCUGCCUGUUGGGGACAGAGCCAGCAGCACCCCCUGUGUGCCAGCCAAGGAGAGAGUGCUCCCAGCCUCGGCAGACCCUGUCCUGGCCACAGCUGUGGUAGGCGGCUCCGAAGGCGUGGCUGGGAGAUCGGCUUGCCGGGUGAGCUCUGCCACCAGCAUCUGGGCACCUCAGAGUGAUGAGGAGAAGGAAGAGGAGCUCAGCAAGCCAGGUGUCCUCAUGUCCACGCUUCGGGGCAGCCCAGAGGUGGCCAGCACACACCCGAGCUCUCAGGAGCCCAGCAACGCCUCCAGCAGCCUUGGCCUCGGCAGCGACCCAAUCCUGGUGAGCGAGGAUAGCGUGAGCUCAGGAGCAGCACUGCCCAGAGUCUCCUCAGUUCCUGCAGGCCCCAGAGCAAAGGAGGCACCUGGAGCAAGGAGAGACUCCUGUCCUGCUCCAGGCAGGGACAGCAGCUCCCUGGGCACCCACGAGUUCCAUGUGGAUCAUCACCCCAGCGUCCAGCUUGGAGCCGGCAGCGAUGGGGUCACUCCCCUUGGAAGCGCCGUGAAUUCCAGCUCUGGCAGUGCCACCAGCUCCCCUCAGGGCAGAGCCCCAAAGGGGGACAGCAAUGGCCUGUCCCUGCUGUACAUCCUUCCAGCUGUGGGUGUCAUUUCUGCCGUGGUGUUCGCCGUGUACGCCCGGCUGCGGAAAUAGCGAUGGGACACCCCGCCAGUGACACAGCCAGGGGCUUCCUCUGGCAACAGGAUUUUGGCCAAUGCAUUUGAAGCCUGAAGAGUAGCAAAGGGCAGUAGGGGCGUUGUUAAAUCUUUUUCUGGAAGGUUCUGCUGGAAGAGGCCUUGGUACAUGAUGCUGUUGGGUUUGGGUCCGUUCCCUCCCAUUUCCCAGCCAUCUUCUUGGCUGUAGCCUUCUCUUUUUACAGCCCUCAGGGAGAAGAUCUCGCUCCAAAAUGUUCCAUUGAGUCAAAAAGAAAAGCACUUACGGUGAUUCUCCA